CUAGCUGACACUACUGUCCCUUGGAGUUUAGAAUACAAGAAUUCUUUUCAAGAUAAAAAUUUGCAGGAAAAUAUGGCCACGCCUAACGGUGCAACUGAUACUUCACAAGAAAAAGAUCCUCAAUGUGAAGAGAUUAUCAUUGACAUUACAGUCAAGGAGCCUAAGUGGGGCUCCGAGUGUUGCAUCUACAAGGUCCCCAAAAGACUUCGCAAGGUCAAGGAACAAGCCUACACUCCAAAGCUAGUUUCAAUAGGCCCUGUUCAUCACGACAAUGAUGAACUGAAGGACAUGCAGAAGCUGAAAAAGAGUUAUUUCAAGGAAUUCUUUUCUCGGACUUGCAAAGAACCGAAGGAGUUUGCCAGCAUAGUUAAAAAAAACAUAAAAAAGAUACGCGACUGUUACGCAGUAGAGAUUUCUCUACCCGAAAGGGAUGAAGAUUUGGUAAAAAUGAUUCUGCUGGAUUCUAUCUUUAUCAUUGAGCUCUUCUGGAGGAGUGAUGCAGAGGAUAGAGAAAAUGAUGAUUAUAUAUUAAGUAAACCAUGGUUAAAGGAUGGCAUAACGCAAGACUUGAUAUUACUCGAGAAUCAGCUACCUUUUUUUAUUCUUGACUUGUUAUUUCAACAUUUCAGUGGCACUCCUAAUUCCUUUUUUAAGCUUGCUUGUAAUUACUUUUUUACGAGCCAGGAGGAAUGCUCUAAGAAGGAAGUAAAACAUUUCACUGAUUUGCAGAGACAUUUCUUCCGUCCACCUGACCAGAAACUUGGAAAUCCUAUUGAACAUCGACAUAGUGCCACAAAACUGGAGAUGGCGGGAUUGAUAUUCCAAACUCAAAAAGGACCAGAAAAAAAGAGAAGCUUGCUUAACGUGCAAAUCCAAAAGGGUAAUAGCUUUUCGGAAAUAUUUCCAUGCUUCAAUUGCUCAUGGCUCAUGCAUUGCUUGCCGUGCUUGAAAAAGAUUUCAUUCUUGGAGCGUAUGCAAACUCGGUUGGUAGUCCCACACUUUGUGGUAGAUAACAAAACCGAAGACCUUUUUCGAAAUCUCAUGGCCCUUGAGCAAUGUCAUUAUCCAAAUGAAGCCUACAUAUGCAAUUAUGUCUUGCUAUUGGAUUUUCUUAUCAACAAUAAAGACGACGUAGAGUUGCUUGUUGAGGAAGGGAUUAUUGUUAACUCUCUAGGCAGUAAUAAAGCAGUUGCCGACAUGGUUAACAAACUUGGCCAUGAAAUUGUGGAAAAAAAUUCCUAUUACCAUAAGGUUGCUGAAGAUCUUAAUAAGUACUACCGCAAUUGGUGGAAUCAAAAUAUGGCAUCCUUGAAAACAGUAUAUUUUCGGGAUAUUUGGAGAGGAACUGCAACUGUUGUUGGCAUUAUAGUUCUUGUGGUAACUGUCAUGAAUUUCCUUAGGCCUUUUGUGUUCAGGCAUAUUUAAGUUUUGUGUCUGAAAUAUUAUCAUAUUAGUUGGAAGUUUGGCAAUGCAAGUGUUGAUUUUGAAAUUGUCAAUCUGUUCAGUUUGUGUUAUUGUUUCCUUUCUAAGAAGUUCUACUUUUGUACUUCACCUUUUGGAUGCUCCAAAGUCCAAACGUUAUUUCAGCA